CUCAACCUCUCUUCCCGGAAGGAGAGAGAGAGAGAGAGAUCAACGACGUCUCCACCAGAUCCAAACGGUUUGGGGUCUGUGUAUGCGUAUGUAACCGACCAAUAAUGUAUCUUUUUCUCUAAUAGCUAUCUCAGAUCGAGCGAAGCAAUGCACGGAUAUACAGAUAUUUCGGUGGAAUUGCGUUAAGGAUUUGGUUGGACCGAAUUGUAUUGAAUCUGGGGAUGGCUUCAUCUACAUCAUCGUCAUCGAAGCUGUUUCAGUUUUCUUGUUCGACUCCUCCAUUGCCCAACGGUGGAGGUGGUAAUGGAAUGGUCGGUGAUUGCGGGAUGCUCGGUGCUGGGCCUGUUGGUGGGGUGAGUUAUAUUGAACACACAGUCUCCAAAUUUGAUACACUUGCCGGUGUUGCUAUCAAAUACGGUGUUGAGGUGGCUGACAUUAAGAGGAUAAAUGGCCUGGUGACAGAUCUCCAAAUGUUUGCUUUAAAGACGCUUCACAUACCUCUACCAGGGAGGCAUCCUCCAUCUCCCAGCUUGUCAAAUGCUUUUGAUGCUCAAAGGUAUUGA